AUGAGCAGAUAUAGAGGUGCUUGUCCACAAUGUAAAACCAGAACUUGGUAUCCAGAUGCUAUUGGUGGCAUGAUAUGUAAAUUUGGUCAUCAACUUGUGAAUUUUCAAGUUCAAGUGGGUGAUUUAUCAGGAAUAGGUAGGAUUACAAGGUCUCGUAGACAAAAAAAGGGCAAAUCAUCAUCAUCUGGAGAUGCUAUUGGUGGCAUGAUAUGUAAAUUUGGUCAUCAACUUGUGAAUUUUCAAGUUCAAGUGGGUGAUUUAUCAGGAAUAGGUAGGAUUACAAGGUCUCGUAGACAAAAAAAGGGCAAAUCAUCAUCAUCUGGAGGAAUGAAAUUUGCACGGAAUGACCCAAAAGAAAAAAUUAAGCUUAUAUUAUUAGCAUUCCAAUAUUCAUUAAGGUUACAAUUGGACGCUUUAAUUAAUAAAAUGGGAUUUCCUCCAGAACUUGAACACGUAGUUCGACAAUUAUGGACACUUUAUGUCAAUAAACAUAAGGCAAUAGAAACUAUUAAAAAUUUAUCUAGAAACAACACAUAUGAGCUUGGAAAUUUGUCAGAAGAGGAAUUUCGUGAACUUUAUGAAUUAAAAGCAAUUAAUCUCUUGAUUAUUUUAUAUCUUGGUAUGGCUUGGCUAAGAUUACCAGUCACAUUAUGGGUUCUGAGUAAGGAACUGCCGUACUUGAAUAUUCGUAAAGAUUUACCUGACAGUAUAAAAUUACAUCUUGGACUUUCUCGACUAAAAACUUUUGAACCUAGUGAUUUAGUACCGUGUUCAACUCUUCAUAAAUUAGAAUAUUCUUUUACGCAGGUUUAUAAACUUCAUUAUGGGAUUAUUUUUCCUGAAAUUAACAUGCCAUUAAUAUUGUAUCAAUACAUUAGAGAUCUGGUACUACCAGUUGAAUUUUAUGUUAUAACAAAAGAGUUGGGACAAUUGUUAAAUAUAAAUUUAUAUCCUGAUCAAACAUUUCAGUCCAACAGACCAGUUGUUAUUUUGAUGGCAUUACUUGUAAUUGUUAUAAAGAUUGUUUAUGGAUUAGAUGAUGAAAGAAAUAAUUCUGACGAUAUCGACAAUGAGGAUGAGAAAGAGACACAAGAAAGUUUACAAGAUAAAUUUAAAAGGUUUAAAAUUUUUCAACGAAUAAAAUCACGUAUAGGAAAAUUGGAGAAGGAAUUGAAUGACUCUUACAAAGGAGAAAAUGAUGAAGAAACUCCAAAUAAAGAUGAUUUAUUGCUUAUCGAUAUUACAGAAAUUAAAGAAAUGAUAAUAAAUAGUAACGUCAAUUUGGAAAGUUUUUAUAUUAAUACGGAUGAACCUACAAUAGUCAAUAUUGAAGAUCAUUUACAAGAAUUAUUUUUUUGUGUUAAACCACCAUCAUCGUUAUUAGCAUCUUACAAAGGAGAAAAUGAUGAAGAAACUCCAAAUAAAGAUGAUUUAUUGCUUAUCGAUAUUACAGAAAUUAAAGAAAUGAUAAUAAAUAGUAACGUCAAUUUGGAAAGUUUUUAUAUUAAUACGGAUGAACCUACAAUAUCAUUAAAUGAAGACAGAAAAGGGAAAAAGGCCGUUUACAACACUAAAUCUGAUGAUGAUAAGGCUGAUGGUAAUUCGAAUCAUUAUUCUGAUAUUAAUAGUAGUAGAGAUCAUGGAAUUGGAAUGUCAAAAAAUCCUGGAAUACAAGAUUUAUUCUCACGGUAUUCAACAUUUUCAUAUAAAAAAUAUAAACAAGACAACCGCAAUAUUGAUAAUUACAAUACUAAUCAUAUUUAUUUGAGUGACGAAGAAGAUCAUUUUAUCAUUAACAAAUAUAAAUUGGCGGGUGAAUAUCACGAAGAUUACGAAAGAGUCUUGUUGUUUUGUUCUAAUAUCGUUGGUGUUAAUAUGAAAACUUUACAAAAAAGUAUCCAGAGAUUUGAAACAAAAUUUAGUAGAGAUCAUGGAAUUGGAAUGUCAAAAAAUCCUGGAAUACAAGAUUUAUUCUCACGGUAUUCAACAUUUUCAUAUAAAAAAUAUAAACAAGACAACCGCAAUAUUGAUAAUUACAAUACUAAUCAUAUUUAUUUGAGUGACGAAGAAGAUCAUUUUAUCAUUAACAAAUAUAGUGAUAAUAAUCAUAAAAGAAUAGGACAAGAUUACAAAACUUAUCAAGUGUAUGAGAUCUACAGAGAUAGAUUAAAACUUAAAAAAUCAGAAUUGGCGGGUGAAUAUCACGAAGAUUACGAAAGAGUCUUGUUGUUUUGUUCUAAUAUCGUUGGUGUUAAUAUGAAAACUUUACAAAAAAGUAUCCAGAGAUUUGAAACAAAAUUGUUUGAUAUUAUAAAAAAUGGAGUUUAA